AUGUCUCUUCUUCUUGCAGCAAGUCAACGACUUUGUUGUUACUGUCACAGCGUUAAAACAACUUUCAGAAGUGCUUCUCUGGAAAGUGCACUUUCUACAUUCAGGUCAAUAUGCGGAGAAGAUGGAGUGUCACUAGGAACUGCUGUCAGAGAGCAACAUGGCAAAGAUGAAUCUGUGCACAGAUGCCGUCCCCCAGAUGUAGUCGUUUUUCCUCGUUGUGUGGAGGAGGUGAGCGCCGUGGCGAAAGUCUGCCAUGACAAACACCUUCCCAUAAUCCCCUUUGGUACUGGAACUGGCCUGGAGGGAGGUGUAGGAGCAGUCAAGGGUGGCGUAUGCUUCAGCUUAAGGAAUAUGAACCAGAUUUUGGAUCUCCACCAGGAAGAUUUUGACGUAGCAGUUGAGCCUGGUGUGACCAGGAAAGCCCUAAAUGCCUACCUGCGAGACACUGGACUGUGGUUUCCUGUUGAUCCUGGAGCUGAUGCCUCGCUGUGUGGGAUGGCAGCCUCUAGUGCAUCUGGUACCAAUGCAGUUCGAUAUGGAACUAUGCGAGAAAAUGUCAUUAACCUGGAGGUGGUACUUGCCAAUGGUAGUAUUAUUCAUACAGCUGGCAAGGGCCGGCGUCCCAGGAAGACUUCAGCGGGCUAUAACUUGACAAAUCUGUUUGUCGGAUCAGAGGGCACUCUGGGAAUUAUCACUAAGGCAACUUUGCGCCUUUAUGGUAUUCCAGAAGCCAUGGUGUCAGCAGUCUGCUCGUUUCCUUCUGUAAAGGCUGCUGUGGAUAGCACUGUGCAGAUUCUUCAAGCUGGGGUUGCCAUCGCACGCAUUGAGUUUCUCGAUGAUGUGAUGAUCAAUGCAUGCAACAAGUUCAGCUCUCUGUCAUAUCCUGUUACCCCAACUCUGUUCCUGGAGUUCCACGGUUCCGAACAGAGUCUUGCAGAACAAGUCAGCACAACUGAGGAAAUCACACAGAAUAAUAGUGGCUCUCAUUUUCAAUGGGCUAGAGAUGCAGAAAAACGAAACCGGUUGUGGAAAGCUCGUCAUGAUGCCUGGUAUGCUGCUCAGGCUCUGAGGCCUGGUUGCAAGGCCUACUCUACAGAUGUCUGCGUUCCAAUUUCCCAUUUGCCUCAAAUCAUUGUGGAGACGAAGGCGGAUCUGAUUGAGAAUAACCUUACAGGUCCCAUUGCGGGUCAUGUAGGUGAUGGUAACUUCCAUUGCCUGAUGGUAGUUGAUCCUAAUGACACCGAAGAACUGCAAAGAGUCCAUCUAUUCAGUGAGAGGCUGGCAAGGCGCGCCUUAGCCAUGAAUGGUACAUGCACAGGGGAGCACGGUGUUGGUUUGGGCAAGCGAGCAAUGCUUUAUGAAGAGAUGGGGUCCAUGACUAUGCAGGUCAUGCAGAACAUCAAGGAUGCCCUCGACCCAAACAACCUAAUGAAUCCAGGGAAGGUCUUACUGCCAAGAGAGUCUACUGUCAACCAAGAAACCAAAUUGUGUUGA